CUUAAACUAAUAUCUCAUGAAGUUAGACUACUACCCAUUUGAGCUACUUACCAUUAUCAUCCAUUCUAACCACCAUUACCACACUUAAGUAGAAGGUUGCAAAAUAUUACAGCUUUUUAACCAGAUUCUUUUUCUGGUAAACAAAACAACGAAAAAACGCGAACUGCAUAUAACUCAGUGUUUACAAAUUUAACGAAGGGGACAAAAAAAUGGCUGUAAGUAAAUCAUGAAAUUACAGCCAAACGUCAAACAAUCGAUUUCAACCAUAUAGAAGAUAGAAUUGACUGGUAUCUAGGUAUCGGGAAGCAAGAUGGACUUGAUGAAAUUGUUAGAUGAUAAACCAUCGCCUCAGAAAGAUCCUUUACUUCUGUUACAAACCAAUAGUUUUAUGAUCAAGAAAAGAAAAAUAUCAAGUGAUGAUCCAUUCAAUGAAAGACAAAGCUCAGAAAGAAGAGUUAAAGUGAUAUCGAAAUCACCAUUUGAAGCUGAUUUGGGUGCUUCUCCUUAUAUACGGAAUCAAAACUUAGCCAGAACCAUUUCCCAUAAUCAUAGUAAUAAUAGUCAUAAUAAUAAUAAUAAUCAUAAUAAUAAUAAUUUCAGUAAUAACGCGGUGGUAUCUAGUGAUAUUGAUUUUAAAGCUGCUAAUAGAACCACCAUAGUUGAAUUAGAUCAUAGCGAUCAACAGAAACAAGAAAGUGGAAGUGGUGGUAUAGGAGACAUUAUAGAGGAAGAUCCAUUAUAUGAAGAUGAUGAAGUAUCUUUAGAAGUAUUGGAAGAAAUGCAUAAAUUAGAAGAGAAUUUCCCUAUUUUAUCAACUGAAUUCAGAUUGAUUGAUAAAAUUGGAGAAGGAACCUUUUCAACGGUAUAUAAAGCAGAAGUAUUAAGUGGUUAUGUUAAAUUAGGGUCAGAAAUGUGGAAAUCUCCUCCAUUAAAAAAAUCAAAUAGAUCAGUACCGGCAAAGAAAAAGAAUCCUAUAGUAGCAUUAAAACAAAUUUAUGUCACAUCUUCACCUAAUAGAAUCCAUAAUGAAUUAAGUUUAUUAUAUACUUUAACUGGUAAUUCUCAUGUUGCUCCUUUAUUGGACGUGUUAAGAUUUCAAGAUCAAGUAUUAGCUAUAUUACCAUUUUAUCAACAUGCUGAUUUUAGAGAUUUUUAUCGAGAUUUACCCAUUAAAGGAAUAAAGAAAUAUUUAAAGGAACUCUUUGAAGCCUUAGAUUAUGUUCAUGAUAAAGGGGUAUUACAUAGAGAUUUAAAACCUACCAACUUUUUAUAUGAUCCUUUUAAAGGUAAAGGAGUAUUAGUUGAUUUCGGUUUAGCUGAAAGAAUGCCUACUUAUGGUAAUGGUAAAGCAUCAGUAACUACCACCAAUGGUUGUCCAUGUCUUAACAAAGACAAAAUAAUGAUUAAUAGAACCCAUACAAAAAGAUUAAAUAUCAAAGGAGCAUAUCCUAAAACAGAUGGUAGACCUCCUAGAAGAGCCAAUAGAGCAGGAACCAGAGGUUUCAGAGCACCAGAAGUAUUGUUUAAAUGUACUAAUCAAACUACAAAGAUAGAUAUAUGGUCUGCAGGAGUGAUUGGAUUUUCAUUAUUAUCAAGAAAAUUCCCACUUUUUAAUUCUCCUGAUGAUACAGAUGCAUUAUUAGAAUUAGCCCUUAUAUUUGGAUUAGAGAAAUUACAAAAAUGUGCUGAACUUCAUGGAUGUGGAUUAGAAGUUAAUCUCAAUAAUGCUAUUGCUUCAAAUGGGAACUUGAUUAAAGUAUUACAUAGUUUAUUAAGUUAUGAAAUUGAUAAUGAAUGUUUCCCUCCUGAUAGUGUGGCAUAUGAUACUAUGAAAUUAUUUAGUUCUCAAGGUGAUAUAUUUGUUAAACCAAGUUUCGAUGAAGAAGAAUCAGGAGAUUCAUUUAAAAAGAAUAUUGAAGAUUAUAGAGAUCAUAAACAAAUGAUGGAAUUAUUAAGUGGAUGUUUUAAAAUGGAUCCUACCAAACGAUUAUCAGCUAAAUCUGCCUUAAAAUUACCAUUCUUCCAAGAGUUAACUAUAUCACAAGAUGAUGAAGUACUUCUUUAAAAAAACUAAUUUACAUGCAUUAAAUAAAUUAAAUAAAUAAAUAGAUAU